AUGACCUUGAGCCAGGCCCCUCCCUCGCGGGGCGGCCAAAGCCGGGAGAAGGAAGGACCGGCAAAGGGACCAGGGCGCUGCUCCCCAAGCCGGCCGGGCCUGAGCGCGGUGGGAGCCGGGGAGAAUAAGGAACCAGAGGGGGCGGGUGCCAGGCCUCGGGCCCCACAGGAAUGGGACUGCCCUGAAGGCGAGGGUCCCACAGCUCUUCCUCCACCCGGCUGCCGGGACCCCGAAAAGGGUGCCGGGUCCGGUGGGGACUCGGACUCCCAGGGCAGGGACGCCGGGGUGCCGAGAAGCCAGGCAGCUCCCAGCCUGUCAGUCCCCGGGGUGCCCGCGGGGGCUCGGAUGCAGGCGGGUCCCCAUGAAGGCGGCGGGCUCGGGGCCGUCGGGAGCGCGGACGCCCCAGAGCCCCCGGAGAAGCUCAGACAGCGGCAGGGCCGGACGCCGGGCUCCCCGGGCUCCCAGCGGCGCGCUCCCCUCAGGCAGGCCCGGGCCCCGGGUCCGAAGCGGAGCCGCGGCGACAGACAACGGGCCUACGGCCCACCUGCAGUCUCCGAUCCCGUCCGCCGCCCGGCGCCGCCCCGCCUCGGCCGGUACCUGUCUGUGUCCCGGGCCGCCCGCCUAGCCCGGCACUGCGCGGCGCGGCGCUUCCUCUCCCGGCUCCUCAAUGGCGCUGGCCAGCGGCGCUCCGGCCCGUCCCGACCCGACCAAUCGAGCGGGCGACGCGGCGGAGCCUGGCCAGCCGAGCGCCGAGUCAUCGAGGAGGCGCCCCCUGCCGCCGGCGGCCGCCCGCUCGCCCCCUACAGGGCUGGGAGGAGACUGAGUCCCAGCGGAGGGCAGGGCCAUAUAAAUCCGUGUGGCUUCGACAGUGUUGGGACCCAGGAUUCUUCCUCCAUCUGGCUCACCCACAGUGGGUUCCCCGCUCAGUGGCCACAGGGGUCUGCUAAAACAUAA